AAAAAGUACUAGAGCUGAAAAACUUUUUCGUAUCAUUGAAAAAGUAAUAAAAGAAGAUAUGUACCGUAGUUGUUUAAUAAUUGAUUAUUCAUUUGAUUAAUCAUGAUUGAUUUUAAUAUUAAAUUUCCUUCGAACCCUUCUGUGAAAAUUUGAAAAUUAAAUAAAUAAAUAAAUAUUUUAAUUUGUAAAAGUUCUGAUCGUAAAAAAUUAUUAAAGAUCAAAACCGUCAGGGUAAAUAAAAAUUAGCUAGAUAUGUAUCUGGCUAAAAGUAGGUAAAAAUCAGCUAUAUAUAGUGUGCACACUUGGUGAAUGGCCUUAGAAUAAUUGCGCGAAAACUUGCGCGCAUGCGCGGGAAAAAAGUAAAAAUACCACAACCUAAAAUUCUUCAAUAAUUAAAUUAAAAAUACACUUGUGAUUAUUGUAAGAAUUUAAAAAAAUAAUUAAAAGUAUAUAUGUAAUUAUAAUUAUAAUUAAAUAAUAAUAAAUGUAUCCAUUAAUGAAAUUAAUAAGCAACAAACAAUUGAAAUUAUUAAUAAGAAAAUGUUCAACUGCAGCAAAAAUAAAUAAUAAUAAUAAUUGUAAAAAAUAUUCACCAGAAAUAGAAUUAAUAGGCCGCAAAUAUAAAACAGAUGAUUGGACGAACUUGACAUCUAAAAUAAUAUCAAAGUUAAAUAAAAAUCUUCACACAACUGAGUACCACCCGCUGUCACAUGUCCGUCAAAAAAUAGUCAAUUUUUUCUACAAAAAUUACCGUAACAAAUGUGGGAACCCAGUAUUCAGCGUGUGCGACAAUUUGUCACCAGUAGUAAGUGUCCAGCAAAAUUUUGAUUCCCUCCUGAUACCUGGGGAUCAUGUCAGUCGCAGCAAGAAUGACUGCUACUACGUCAAUAGCGACACAAUGUUACGAGCGCACACGACAGCACAUCAAGCAGAACUGAUAGCGAUGGGUCUCGAUAAUUUUUUGAUAAUCGGUGACGUUUAUCGGCGAGAUGAAAUAGAUGCCACGCAUUACCCAGUCUUCCAUCAGGUUGACGCUGUCAGACUCUGCACGCGGGAUGAAGUCUUCAAAAAUGUCAACAACUCGGACAAUCUGAAACUUUUUGAGUCUAAUGGCAGAGAGAGUGAUGAGAAACAAAUUGUCCAUACUCUGGAAGCCGUCAAAAUAAUGGAACACGAACUUAAAAGUGUUCUCGUAGGUCUCGCUCAAGCACUUUUUGGUCAAGAUGUCAAAUACCGUUGGGUCAUUCAGUAUUUUCCAUUCACUCACCCGUCAUGGGAGCUGGAGGUGUUUUAUAACGACCAGUGGAUUGAAGUCCUGGGCUGCGGUAUCGUCAGACACGAGAUUUUGAAAAACUGCGGAGUUACUGAUCGUAUUGGUUGGGCAUUUGGUCUAGGUCUUGAAAGAUUGGCCAUGUGCUUUUAUAAUAUCUCAGACAUCAGGCUGUUCUGGAGCCAGGACACUGGAUUUUUAAAUCAGUUCAAGUUUGAUGAUCCUGAUACGCCAGUUAAAUACAAGCCCAUCAGCAUUUACCCGCAGCUUGCUAAUGACAUAAGUUUCUGGCUACCGGACAAUGAGUACUCGCCGAAUGAUUUCUAUGACCUAGCCCGCGAGCACGGCGGUGAUAUAAUAGAACAAAUAACACUGAUAGAUGAAUUUACUCAUCCGAAAACCAAAAAGGUGUCGCAUUGCUACAGAAUUAUUUACCGGCACAUGGAACGCACUCUUACCCAAAAAGAAGUCACUUCUGUACAUACAAAAAUCCAAGAAGCUGCUGCUAGCGAACUUAACGUCACUCUUCGUAUUAAAUAAUUAAAUUUUACUGUAAAUUACAUUCGCUAUUUUAUUUUAAUUUAGGUAGAUUAAUAAAAAUUAUUUUAUUUAAUAUAAUACUUUAUUAAUUGCAAUUAUUAAGAA